AUCUUAUAACAGCCAGAGCCGUUAAUGACAGACCUUCUCCACAGAUUCUAAACAUCCAUCACCACGUUUUAUUUCAUGUCUUCACCUGUUCCUCUCUGACUGCUGUUUUCUUGUUACAUGAUGUGUCUGUAAAAUUAUUAUUUUUUCUUAUUCCAGCAAAGCAAGAUAUUAUAUUUUCAUAUCUGGGAUAUGAAAUAGACAAAGGCCUGCACCAGCAGCUUUAAGAGAUAAAUAGUCUCCUGGUUCUGACUGGUCUUGUUCAUAUGUUUUGAUUCCAGAUCCAACAGAAAACCUGUUGAAAGAAACCAAAGGAACGUCCUGGGGUCCAAUAAAUACAGGAGUACAAAAAGGCAGCGGACAGAUCCAGCUGUGGCAGUUCCUGCUGGAGCUCCUGUCGGACAGCACCAACAUGUCCUGCAUCGCCUGGGAGGGAACCAACGGGGAGUUCAAGCUCAUCGACCCGGACGAGGUGGCCCGGCGCUGGGGGGAGCGCAAAAGCAAACCCAACAUGAACUACGACAAGCUGAGCCGCGCGCUGCGCUACUACUACGACAAGAACAUCAUGACCAAAGUGCACGGCAAGAGAUACGCCUACAAGUUCGACUUCCACGGCCUGGCGCAGGUGUGCCAGCCGUCCACCACGGAGCAGGCCAUCUACAAGUUCCAGGGCAACUUCUCCCCGAUCCCCUUCUCCGGGAUCUCCAAACUGAACCUCGUGGCUCCCGGUGUGGGCCCCCCGGGCUUCUCCUACUGGCCCGGUUCGCCUCCGGCGGCUCUGUAUCACAGCCACAACCUGCAGCCUCCGGGGCCCUUCGGCACCGUGUCUCCGUCCCACAUCAGCUGCGUCAACAACAUCAACAGCCUGAGCAACAUCAAUAACCACUACAACUGACUGUGUGCGUUCUAGACCGACUGGAAAACAAACCGAGACACCACAAGAAGGGCGGAGGAGGGAUGACAGAAGGAGACAGAAGGUCUGUUAGGAGCUGCGUGAACAUGGUUCAGGCUGAAACUGACUUCAUCUGGUUGAACCAUGUUUAAAACUUGUACGACUGGAGCUACGGUUUACGGCAGCAACACAUGAAAAACUGAAAUUAAAAAAAAAAAAAAAAAAAGCUUUCCUAUUUUUAACCUACAGCUACUUUUCUGAGCGAAUUAUGAAACCCACCCAGAGAGCCGCCAUCCAGCUACACACAGCGGUUUAAAGUGUUUCAAUAAUUAUAUAUUAAUUAUAUUUAAUCCAUAAACACUCCAAAUAUUA